UUUUAUACUAUCUUAAAAAAUUUACUUCGUUGUUUACUUUUCAAUAGAUUUAUCGAAGCAAUUUUAUAGAUUACACUGUUAUGACAUAAUAGGUAGCUACUAUCUAUAGAUAACAACUGAUAAAUGUUCAAAGUAUACUUGUUUUCACUUUUUUAUAAGGUACAAGAAGGUAGUUACGCUAUUUUAUAUCAUAAGACAAUACAAUGACUCAAGCAGUUCAUUCUUCUUCGGCAUUAUCUUUGGACAAUGAAGUCCUUAGAUCACUUCUUUUCUACUGCUCUGUUCUUGUUCUUAAGAUGAUGUUUAUGUCCAUUUUAACUGGUUCAAAGAGAUAUAAGCAUAAGGCAUUUGCUAAUCCAGAAGAUGCUAUACGACGACAUGUCAAGCCAAAAGUAAGUGAACAUGUGGAAAGAGUUCGAAGAGCUCACUUGAACGACAUUGAAAACAUUCCACUAUUCUUUGUGACUGGUUUGAUUUAUACCUUAACCAAUCCUGCAGUGUAUCUCGCAAAAACUUUCUUUUUGGCAUAUACACUGGCAAGAAUCGGUCACACUGUUGUGUAUGCUGUUGUUCCGAUUCCUCAACCAGCAAGAGGACUGUGUUGGAUGGUUGGAUACGGAAUAACUGGAUAUAUGGCCGUUGUCAGUUUAAUUACUUUUAAAUAGGCCAUAAUUGUUAGUAAUUUUGUGAUAAAAUAUUUCUUUAAAAUACGAUUUUUAUAGUUUUGUAAAAGAAUGAAAAUCUAAAACAUAAUAAAGAAAUUGGUUUAAUGCUU